CUCUGUCUCUGUGCUAGUGCUUACAGUCAAGUCAGUCUCAUAGUUGGUGUCUCAUAGUUUUUUCGCACUACAACUGCGACUACAACGUUACCGACACCGAGAUUCAAGAUUGAACUAAUUAUUAAAGAAUUCAAGUUUUUGUUUUUAGAGGAUCAAACAAAACACCAAAUACCAAGGGAGUUUAUGUUUUAUCUAUGACCAAACCCAUCCAUGAUUGGUAACAAAAAUGAUAUGUACAUACUGUGACAAGAUUUUUUCAACUGUUGGAUCCUUAAAUAAGCACAUAGAAAGAAUCCAUGGAGUAAAAUCUGUAAAGGGAACUAUGAGAUGUCUCAACUGUGAAAAUAAAUUCACGCGAAGGUUGAAGCUUGUUGAGCACCUAAAAAUUGAUCAUGGUCAAGAUUAUGAAAUAGACAAGUUGGAGUUUAAAACAUCAGAAGAAUUUGAGAUAUGGAGAGCUGAAGAAGAGAGGCGCUCAGUUGCAAUGUUUCGCAAUGUAAUUGUGAAUAGGGCAUCAAAGAAUGGAUCCACUACGAUUCUAGUAUGCUCAAGAGAUGGUCGAGUGAGGUCUAAUGUUUCAAAAAAGCGCCAAAGAGCUUUAAAAAGUCAAGGAUCACGCAGGAUUGGACAUACUUGUACUAGCCAUAUGGUUGUAAAUAAAGUUCUACAUCCGGAAAAUAAAGUAAUUGUAACUUAUGUGAAAACGCACUAUGGACAUGGACCAGACAUACAACAUGUAAAUUUAUCUCGAACCGACAAAGAAGGAAUUGCCAAAAAACUAGCACUUGGUAUAUCUGAAAGUAGAAUAUUAAGUGAAGCGCACACUCUAAACAGUGAAGUAGGAUCUAGAUUAGAGGUGCUGAACAAAAAAGAUAUUUCAAACAUCAGAUCACAAUAUGGGAUAGGUAUAUCAGGAGGCAGGAGACAUCAAAAUGAAAUGAUGAGUGUGGAUUUGUGGGUAGCGGAAGAGAAGGAGAAACAAAACUGUGUUGUUAAGUAUUACAAGAAGUAUGGGGAUGAAGACCCAGAAUUUGGAUUCCAAAGUGAUGAUUUUUGUCUGGUAAUAAUCACAGAAGAUCAAGAGAACUUUCUUAAACAGUAUGGACAAACUAUAAUAUGUGUGGAUAGUUCACACGGGCUUGGUGGUUCCGACCGAACUAUACAGCUGUCUACUGCCUUAAUAGUGGACGAGUAUGGGGAAGGAAUUCCCAUUGCCUACAUGUAUUGCAAUAAAACUGAUCGGAGUGCAUAUGAAAAAAUGUUUCAUUGCAUGAAAGAGGCUUAUGGCAGUAAAAUUAAUAAUGAUUAUUUCAUGAGUGACAUGGCUGAGGCAAUAUACAAUGCUUGGCAAGUGGUUAUGGGAAAUUCAAAGAACAGGUUGUUCUGUUCGUGGCAUGUCCUCCAAGCAUGGAAUCGGAACAUUUCCAAGGUAAAAGGAACAACUGAAGAAGAAAGAAAAGAAAAUGCGUCUAGGCUUCGGGCCAGAUUACGGUCUUUGUUAUUUGAGCCUGACCAAAAUACAUUUGAGAGAAAGUUUAAAGAGUUUGAGGAAGGUUUGAAAUCUCCUCAUUUGAAAGACUUUAAAGAGUAUUGGGAGGAGAGAUAUGACAAAAAUGCAGCCACGUGGGCAUACUGUUUCCGGCAAAACUCACCUGUUACAAAUAACAUGCACCUGGAAUCCAUGCAUAAGGUGAUUAAAUACUUCCAUUUUGAAGGAAGGGUAGUCCGAAGGCUGGACGAGUCAAUUUCAGGUAUAUUAACGUACCUUGAAAGGUGUCUCAUCAACAAAAAAAGGUUACACCUCAAACUAAGACCAUGGAAAAAAGCAAAAGGGAUCAUGGAGGCCCACAAAAAGAGUUUUGAAAAUAUUAGAAUCGUUGAAUCUACAGCAGAAGAUGAAUUCCUAGUGGAAAAUGUGAAGUCAAGGCAGAUUUAUUUAAUUAUUAGGCACGGAGAAGUAUGCUGUAAUCCAAUAAAACAGUGCUUUGACUGCAAUGUUUGUCGGCACUCAUUUACUUGUUCGUGUCCGAACUUUUUUUUGGAUGCAAGUUCUAUAUGCAAGCAUGUUCAUUUUGUAGCAAGAGAAACUUCAAAAAAACAGCCUCAACUUGCAAACACGAACACCAACAAGAACAUGGGACUCGUAGAAGAGACAAAGGAAGCUUGUGGUAAUAACUUACUCAGUAGGCCUACACUUUUAGCCUCAAACUUAAAAAAGGAUUUUAUUAAAUUUGUAAAAGAAUUGUCCUCGUACGAAGAUACAUUUGAUAAAAUACCUUUAGCUAACCAAAAGGAGAUUGUACGCUUCCUUAGAACUUCAACUAUACUUUGUAAAGAAGAAGAAACUUUGAAAGAAAACAAAACCGGGUCAAAGAUGAACGGCUGCAAAAGAAAAAUAUCCAAACAAGAAGAGUUCUGCAACAAAGUAAAAGAAAUACAAGGAAUGAAAAAGAAGAAGAAGAAGAUGAUGGUGUCUUCUAAACCAAGUUCAAGAGCUUUUGCCUCCGAGUUAAAAAUCAAUGAAUUUGCUCCAUGGGUUGAUGGUCCGGUGGAUCACGAAGAAGUUGUCUAAGUAAAACCUUUUUGACUAAA